CUGAAACAACAGAUUAGAUCGACCUAAUCCUAUAUUAAAACCGAAAAGUAUAUGUUACGGUAACAUGCAUGUCACCGUAGCAAAGUCCUUAUUUUUUAUAUGAUUAAAAUAUUUGAUUGAAGUAAUGAUGAGUGGUUGAUGGGAUUGCAUGAUUCAUAAGAUUAGAUAAUAAAUAGUGCCUAUUUCAUUUAAAGGGUUCAGUGGGAUGUGGGCGAAUUUACCGUAUGCUCCCUACAGCCACGCGAAUCACCGUUGAUUCUUUUCAACUUUAGAUCUCAACUAUCGAUUAUGUUUUCCCCUUCCGUCUCCUCUUACUCUAUCCCCUGGCGGCUGCCGAAGUUUGAUCGAUCGAAAGGAGCAGAGGAAUUGGAUCCGAGGAAAGGGAUUCCGGGACUUCCCUUGAUCCGUUGUUACUCGAUCCCUCUUCUCCUCUUCUUCCCUUUGAAAUCCGUUGAAGAGGAAAUCUAAACCCCUUGGAAAAUCCCUAGGUGAUGAAAAACCAAACCUGAGAUUUGCAAUGGUGGCGUGCGUCGUUGGCGUGAUUUAUUUGAUAGAGCGGUGGAUAGAUCUGAAGAUGGGGAAUAGUGGCUACUCAGCUUCGGAGCUCGCUAGCAUGGGAUUCCUCCGUGGAAACUCUUCCUCAGGGAUUGCUAGCAGAGAAACAUCGAUCACGGAAGAGUUAUCUUCCAUUGAUGACGCUACAGAGCAAAGUCGGGGACUAUCUUUGACCGGAUAGAGUCGUCAUGGUGAAUCUAAAAAGCUCAUCCUCUUCCUUCCCUAUGUUUGACAAGGUAAACAUGUCUCUGUUAUGUUGUCUCCCAUUCGAAUUUUGUAGUUCCAUCUGUAAAUGCUUUGUUUGUGAAUUAGUUGCUGGAAAUGAUUUAAAAGAUUAAAGCUUCGUAUAAUGCCUCUAAAGCUUGGUGCUAAAUUACGUCCCCAUUUGUCCAAUUGCUUUGUUUGAUGUAGUAGUUGUAUCAGUUUGGUUUCAAAAUUGAUAUGGAUAUUAGGAAUCAAGUUGUUCACUUAUGUUGGUGGUCAGCAGCCGUAAUGGGCUGCAAUGCUGUUAUUGCUGUACAUUUAACUUUCUUCGUAGCAUGAUACCACUUCUGUAGUACAUGGAUUUGGUUUAAUUUCUUUGGGAGUAAUGUAUGGUCUCAUAAUCAUGGGUGUCUUUAGUUAAUCUUCUAGGUAGGGUUCUGGUAAUCACUUAGGUUAGGUUGCAUUUGUUUAUGAUUGCCCUUACCAUCAUUUUGUUUUUCUUUGGGAUGGUUUUCUGUAGUUAAGUUCCAUUAAAACAAAGUAUCUUUUGAUUGGUGUUUCAUAGGGAAUGGAAGGAUCAUAUCACGUUUACAAAGAUUUCAGAUUAACAUCUCUGAUUUUGUCAUUGAUGAUUCGUGUUUGAACGAAACAACUACAAAAUCAUAAGUUUUUGAUCUUUCAUAUGGUUGAUUCAUUCAUUGGUGAAAUUAAAGAGUGCGAUAAGAGAUGAAAUUUGAUACAAAUAGCUUCAACUGACACAAACAUAACUUUAACGUUUGUUUAUCAUCCAGUGAGUCAAUUAAGUCUGCCUUUGUACCAAACUACAAUGAUAUGAUCCAGCCAUAAGCCACUUUAUUGUUCCUAUUUGUGCUUGAUAAAUGAUAACCUCUCAAAUAAGUGCUCUGUAUAUAGUUUGUCUAUUGCUGGUUUUGUAAUAAUCAUGAAAAGGGUCAAGCUUGGGCUUCUGAAAUUGCAGUAUAUUUCUUAAACCAGGUGCAUUGCCUUGGUCAUAUAUAAGAUGAAUUGUAAAAUAGAAGAAGACUUAACAUGAUAUUUGUAAAUUUGCAUGCAUUGAAAAUACUCUGUGGAAGCAUAAUAAUGUGGUAUACAUCAAAAUUAGGCAGUAUUAUUCAUGCUUAAUUUUAGUGACAAUGACCGAGUUUCCUUGCUCAGGUUUGAUCUUUUGUUGUUUUAACUUUUAAGUGCAUGGUUUUGGACUUUUGGUCCAUCAACCAUACAGAGAACGGUAGCUUCACAGUUGGGGUUGGAUUCUUCACUUUGUUGGGAAUUGGUUCUUGGUGGAUUUGAUUGAGAAGAAAGUCGACUCGACUGCUUGCCGGAAUGUAGAGAUCUAGAAAUGAGGAAGGGAGAUUUUGCAGUCACCAGUAGACUGUUCGACAGGCCUGGUAUUUGAUGGAGAAGAUUACAAAAUGAUGGGUCAGUCGAAUGUAUUGAGUUUGAUUUAUUAUUUAGUUUGUUCUUGAAUCAGACAUUUGCUACUUGAGUUUGUUCUUUCAAUUCAAGGAUUGUCAUAAAAAAGGGAUGAAAAGGAAGGCGGCCGCCUCAUUAAUGAAAACAUGGUGAUAAAGUUCUGUGAUACGCUGGAAUUCUAUGGUCUUAUGGACUGCGACUUUGAGGGAUACUCCUACACUUGGGACAAUGGCCGAGGGGGUUCCAGCUUCAUAGAAGAAAGACUGGAUAGAUGUUUGGCAACCUAGGACUGGCAAUUACAGUUUCCUAAUCACAAAGUCAUUCACCUGGACAGGUGUGGUUCGGAUCACUAUCCUAUACUUAUGAUCACGAAGGAUAAUGUUAAACUGACACAAUUACACAAUAGUUCAUGGUCAUUGCAGGAUUUCACAAUUAAUUUUAAGGUUAAGU